UGCAAGUCUCACGGAAGCAGAAGUAGGCCAGAACUUUGUUAGACAUCGCUGCUGAUUGUGAGAUGUGCAUAAGAGAUUUAUAGUCGAAUGGAAUGUCAAUAAUCGCUCUACAUGGAACUUGAUUGUGUGAGGAAGAGAUGAACGCGGAUAAAGGAAAAACUAUGAAGUGCGGUGGAGGGAGGGUACAGAGCGGAAAGCACUCACUCAUGGUUUUGGAUAAGCAGAAGAGACACAAUAGCAGGCUUUGAGCAGCAUCGAUAGAUUUCAGUUUGUAGGCUGCGAGAGCCUUUUGCCGAGGAUUGGCUCGGCCAAAUCAAUGCUUGCGGCGAUUCAGGGUGGUUCACGGGGGAGCAACGACUAUGGAGCAAUCAACAAUUCGGGAGAGAGCAGAUGUAUCAUGCUGACGGUUGAGGUUUUGAGGUUCUUCUUCAGGGUUACAGCAGAUGUUCACAAUUUUGAUGCGUAAGUUGUGAAAUUAUGAUUUGUGGGUCGAGCAAGGGCCUGCUCUUCGAUGGAGUUUCCAAGAUGUCUCGGACUAUUGAUACCGCCUGCUUUGUUCAACCUCUUCUCCCCUGUGUACGUGCCCGUGCAACGAAUGUUUUCCCAGUAGAUUUGUCUAGAGCGAAGGACGAAGACAUAGCUGGCACUGCGCACCAAAAUUCCCCGCUUGAGACGUGUGGAAGCUGUAUAGGUCCAUCUUUGCAGUCAAGUAGGCCAUGGAGAAACGUGUACUCUGCAUUUGCAAAUGUUGGGCCGGAGGAUUCUUCUCAGUCUACUGACGGGCAUUCUGACGGCAUUCGUUUCAAUGUUUUACAAGAAGCGAAAGAAGCUGCUGAUUUGAUUCAGGGUAAAACCGAAGAGUUGAGGCAGGCCAUUGUUACCGCCGACUAUGAAGUGAAACCCACACCGUACACUCCAGUUGAAGGUGUCGAAGCCGUGCAGUUUUAUGUGACCUGUGCGAUGCUCGUCGUUGCAUUUUGGGUUGGCAAUUACUGGGUUCCUAACCUGAUAUUCAAAGAUACUGUAUUUCGGGAUGAGGAAGUAGUAGACGAGUUUACUGUUCCCCUCGAAGAUACUCUAGAAGACAGCAGGCAAGUGGUCGAUAGUCAGCAGCGAUUACAAUCGAAGUCCACAGAGGACUUCAAUUCUAGUAAAAAGGAAACACUGGAGAGCCAAACGCCUGCAGUUGAGAAAGUCGUCGUGGGAUUUGGGAAAGGAAGUAAGCAAAUUUCGAAGAGAAAUAGAAGCUCGUGAUUUUCACUUUGUGACUCCCAUGUGUGCAGGUUACGUUGGUUAUAUUGGUCAUGUAUGAUUGAAUGAGGUGUAGGGUCAAUGAGUCAGCUAUGCUCUUCAUCUCACGCUUUCAAGGAAGAGAUAAACAGGUGUUUCGGUAGAAUGGCUCUUCUUGCUGUAAACUUGGUCACUCGAAAUCCGCAACUUUCUCGGGACUGUAUCAGACUUCUCCGUUUGAUCUGUUUGUAAAUUCCUGCAUUCGGGUCAUUCGGAUCAUUAUAGGUUCUUAUCUUCUUGGUCAAAACGCUACGACUCAUCAAUGGCACGUGGUAGUAGCAGUAGAAGAACUGGAAUGCACGCGUUGAUCAGACGUGGUAAGCGGGUCACAUCUAACCCACGAUUUAGAAUGUGACCUCCAAAACCCAAUGAUUCGGAGUUCACAUGUCUUUUAGUUUGCAGCCCCUCUCGGAGAGGAUCUGAGUGGCAGGAAAUUUUCACGAACCGAUAUGUUAAGACGUUGUGCGCCAAUCAGCUGACAUAUGCAAAUCGGCUGUAAUUUGCUUCCAAUGUAAAGAACUGACGAGCAACUGAUGGUAUCGAGGCUGUACUCUGAACUCCUAGAUCACUGUACACUACUCCAAUCUACGAGAGCAGCGAGG